AUGGAAGCUUUGGGAUUUCAUCCCCUUCUCAGCAUCUCUCAGAGGCCAAAGAUAUUGAAGAGCGUUUCGGGCUCUACGCAGUUGUCCACUUCUUCAUGCCCAUCUUUUUAUACGCACAAAAUUAAGCAAAAUUGUAGGAGUGGCAUAAGAAUGCAAGCUAUUGAAGAAGAGUACGAGUUGAAGCAAAUGAAAGAUAUGGCUGCUGCUAGAAAGAGAUGGGAGGCUCUAGUCAGGGACGGGAAAGUCAAAAUUCUAACACCUAGAGAAGCUGGAUAUGCAAUCCAACUCUCAAGUAAAACCUUACUCGAUGUUCGCCCCACUACUGAGCGUCAAAAGGCAUGGGUCAAAGGCUCUACCUGGAUCCCGAUAUUUGACGUUGAUACCAGUUUUGAUGCUGGUACCCUUUCAAGGAAGGUCACAGAAUUCAUGAUGGGAGGAUGGUGGAGUGGUGUCCCUACAUUGUCCUAUGAUAACCAAUUCUUAACAGAAGUUCUAGAGAAAUUCCCAAAAGACACAGAUCUGAUUGUGGCAUGCCAGAAAGGCUUGAGAUCCCUUGCAGCUUGUGAGCUAUUAUACAAUGCUGGUUAUGAAAACCUUUUCUGGGUUCAAGGGGGCCUGGAGGCUGCUGAAGAAGAGGAUCUUGAAAGGGAAGGUCCUCAGCCCUUUAAGUUUGCAGGAAUUGGUGGGCUUUCAGAAUUUCUCGGUUGGACAGACCAACAGAGAGCUGCAGCUGCCAAGGAAGGUUGGGGCUACAGAUUGGUGUAUUCAGCCCGUCUGGUUGGUCUCUUUCUUGCCGUUGAUGCCUUGUUUAUUGGGGCACAGCAAGUGGGUCGGUAUCUUCAGGAUAUAAGGUCUCACUAA